CCCCUUCGAGGCCACGCCCUACAGCCGCCAAUAACGUCCGGGGCGGGUCCUGCAGGCCGGAAGUGUGUCGUGCUCGCAAGAUGGCAACUCCCUAUGUGACUGAUGAGACCGGGAAGUACAUUGCCUCGACACAGCGCCCAGACGGGACGUGGCGGAAGCAGCGGCGGGUGAAGGCCGGUUACGUGCCACAGGAGGAGGUGCCGGUGUACGAAAACAAAUAUGUCAAGUUCUUCCGGAGCAAACCCGAGCUGCCACCAGGGCUGAACCCAGAGGCAGCAGCAGCACCCGGGAAAGCAGAGCCUGGCGACACGGGACUAUCCAAGGCAGCCAAACGGAACUUGAAACGGAAGGAGAAGAGGAAGCAGCAGCAGGAAAAGGGGGAGCGGGACACGGAUGAACUGAUUCAGGCACUGGAGCGCUCGGCACUGUCGGAGCCGCUGCCCGGCUGUGGCGCUGCCAGCCCCAUCAUGAGCCCUGGCACCAGCCCCGGUGAUGCUCCGGCCUCAGAGAGGAGCCGGAGGCUGAAGAACCUGCGGAAGAAGUUGCGGCAGGUAGAGGAACUGCAGCAGCGCCUGGACGCUGGUGAGGUCCCGAAUCCCACCCGCGAGCAGCUUGAGAAGCUGAGCCGGAGGAAAACGCUGGAGGAGGAACUGCGGAGCCUGGAGAGGGACUCAUAAGGGGGGGAAUCAGGGG